UUUUUUGUUCUGACAGGAAUAAAAUAAACAAUAUGCGACGAGAUUCUUGAAUGGCUGGUGCAUUUGCCUAGUAGGAAAAAACGUGGUCUUAGUUGCCUGAUGCUAUUAUUCUACCUUUUUAUAGUAAAAUGUGCUGCUUCUUUUUCUUGCUUCCAUUGGAAUUUUGAAUCCAUCGGUUUUAAUUUUUAAAUGAUGAUGACAGCCUCGAUGCAAAUAACAAUUAUAUUUAAAUUGCUAUCUAUAAAAUUUUUUAUUCAAGGUUAACAUGGGCAUGAUGAGUGAUGCUAUUUUUUUAAUUUAUUCUGCCGCGUUGAGUGGCCUUUUGAAAAUAAAGUAAUCUGUGAGAGCAGUGCGGACAAAUAACAAUUAUAUAAGGUACCUAGAGUAAGAAACAAGGAUAUAAAAUGAACAUAUGGUGACAGUAUAAAAUAUUGAAAAUUCAUAAAGAAUUAGAGCAUUUAAUACUACUAUUUUAUGUUUUACAUGGUGGACUCUGAUUUAAUAAUGCCCAUCUACAUAGAGAGUUAACACCUUUUCUUAUUCUGCGUUCAUAAAUUUGCUUUUUUUAUACGCUGGCCUGGUUCUACCGACAUUGACCAAUAAAGUACUUAACUUGAUCACAUGUGAGAAAAUAUAAUAUGUGAAAUAUUGCAAGAACUUUAGCUUGUGACGAAGAAAUUGCUUCCAGAUCUUCUACUCCUUUUCUGGGAUUUAUGUGUAGUUGUUGAGUCUCCAGGCUAUUAGUUGGUCCCUUGUUUAGCCGUGUUUAGUCCAUUUUGAUUUUCUAGUGAUUCUAAGAAGUUGAGUGUAGAAGGAAUCUCUACUCUUGUUCGCUGAUUUGUGUCUCUCCAAAUUGGUUAAGUUCUUAAAGUGAGGGGUUUAGGAAUGCAGUGGUCGUUUUCAAACAAGGUUUCUGCUGUUCCUCAAUUGUUGUCCUUUAAGACUUCUCCGGAAGAUAGGACAAGAAAGACCACAUCAUCAGCUGAUGCUUUUGACUCUAACCAGAAACCAUUCAUGGGUGGGAUCCAGAAAAGUUUGAGCAUGGGAAAACAAGUAGGAAAUGAACGUGGAAUGACAGUAUACCCUAUGCAACAAGUUGAUACACUUUCAGGCUACCAUCAAGAAGCCAGAACAUUUUCAGUCUCCAACCAAUCAAAUCAGAGGAGUCCUGUUCUCCAAUGUACUGUCAGUACCAAUGUUCAGAACAUGGUCAAUUCUGCCAUAAAACCACACCCUCAAGGAGGAGUCCCUCUGAUUGCCCCUGUAUCUGUUCUUCCAUCAAACGGUUACGCUGUUGGUACCACUGACUUAGGGAACUCGUCGCAACCCUCUGGCAAACCUACUCAGCUGACCAUAUUCUAUGCUGGUUCAGUGUGUGUUUAUGAAGACAUAGCUCCCGAGAAGGCCCAGGCUAUUAUGUUGCUGGCUGGACAUGGGAGUACUCCAAAUCAAAACAAAUCAGUGUCAACAGCUCCAGUGCAGACACCAAACUACAAGACUUCUAAAGAUGAUGGGUUUAUUGUAAGCCAAUCCUACCAUUCACCUUUACCAAGUCCGAUUCCCAUGUCCUUCCAUGUUAGUUCUCAGCCUGUGGGAGGACCUCCUAGCACCAAUGAACCAGCAAUUGUGAGACCAGUAUCAUCUUCGGCUGCCCCAAGUUGCAAUCUGGAGUCUCCUAGUGUAGCUAGCUCUUCAAAAUCUGCAGCGACAAAAGUUGGUUCACCUGUGGACUUGCCUCAGGCGCGCAAAGCAUCCUUGGCUCGGUUCUUAGAGAAGCGCAAGGAAAGGGUGACAAGCACAUCACCAUACCACACAAACAAGAAAUCACCAGAAUGUGGCAAUCAAGGAACGGAUAGUAUUAGUUUCUCCAUCACAUCCACCGGUUCUUGUCCCCUACCUGCCAUGAACUAGCUAGCUAAGCCCUCAAGAAGAGCACAUAAAGUUUAUGUAUCAUGUAAUUUUGCAGUUCUAAGAUCAAUUAUUUUAAUAGCUAAAGUCCUUAGCAAUUUUGUCUUA